GACAGUUCGAUCGCAAAUGCUCAAAUAAAAUACCUGGGAGUUGUAAUAUUAUAUUAUUUAUUACAUAGGUUUAUUCUUGAAAAUGAGAGAUUAAAUAUUUUUGGGUGUGUAUAUAACAAUUGUUUUAUUUGGUGACUAUCUCAACAACUAUAUGUUUGGAAAGUGCCAUUUCUUAUUUUUACGAUACGUUAUUAAAGAAUUUUGUGUACAUUAUAAAACAAGAUAAAGUAAUACAUUCCAAGAAUGGAGGAUCAGGCCAAGAUUUUGAAAUAUUUGGUCUCAGUGGAGAAAUUAGCUGAAGAAAUAAUAAAUGACAAACAAGAAAUAAUUAUGAUUGAUAAAAGAAGAAACCAGAAUCGAGAGGCUUUGAGAGAUCUCAUAAAAUCGGGACAAACAAAAUGUUGGGUUACAGUCGGUUCUGUUCUUGUCAAGCACAAUGUAGAUUCAGCCAAAACAUUACUAGAGACUGACCAAAAGCAAUUGAACAUAGAUAUAAACAAGCUAAGGAGUAAUUUAAAAAUUAAAGUGAAUGAUUUAAGGGACUUGGAAAUUCAGCCUCCAGUGCCAGGGUUAAUGUUGGUUCCAAUGUCUAAUAAAGAAACUCGAGGCUUAUCAAGUGCUGGUUUGAUUCCGCGAUGAAAUUAAUACAUUUUGUGCAUUUAAUAUGUUCUUUCAGCUGGCAUGUAGUAUUAACACUUGGUGUAUGCUUUGUUCUGAGAUGUGAAAUAGGAAGCAAUUAAAAAGUUGAUUUAGAAAAUAAUUUAGCAUGUUAAUAUUUCACUUUUAAGUUUAUAAUAAAGAAAACAAAAUAAUA